AUCGUGAAAAAAGCCCGUCCACACGCAUAUAUGCACACCACGCUCCUCACUAGCGCCUCGCUCUGCUCACGACCAUUACUCAACCAUCAAACAAAUACCACCAGGCACCAGCCAUGGCACUUGUGUAGCAGCCGCAAGAGAGGAAGAUGGUGGGCUUGGGCGUGGGCGUCGGGACAGGGGCGUUGGGCUCCGUCAUCGGCAAGCUCGCCACCUUGCUCGGCCACGAGUACACGAUGCUCAAGAGGGUACGCAAGGACAUCGCCUUCCUCGAGCGUGAGCUCCGCAGGAUGCAGAUCCUGGUGGACACACUGGCAGACAUGGAAGAGCUCGACGAGCUGGCCAAGGACUGGAAGGGCACCAUGCGCGACCUCAGCUACGACAUGGAGGAGUGCAUCCACCGCUUCAUGCUCCGUCUUGGGAAUGGUGACGCCAAGCCCAGGUUCAGGAAGAAGACAGUGCGCCAGCUCAAGACUCUCUUUGAGCGCCAUGGAAUCGGCAGCCAGAUCAAGGAGCUCAAGGCCCGCGUUGAGGAGGAGAACCGACGGCGGCAGAGGCUAAACCUCGACAAGUAUAUUGUAAGUCCAACAAGGGUCGUGGCAAUAGAUCCCCGGUUAGCUGCGUUCCACGGAGUGGCCAAGGGCUUGGUGGCCAUAGACGGCCUUAGGGACCAGGUUAUCUCUUGGUUGACGGAGGAGAGCGAGCAGCUCAAGGUGGUCGGCUCUAUCAAAUGCUACCUUUGAAUGAUGUUGAUUCCCGAA